AUGGAGGCUGCGUGCGAUUUCUUGGGUGGUAGCCCUUUGCCAAGAUUUUAUUCUUCGUCAUACAGAGUGCUUAUUCCAAAGGUGGAGAACCCACAAGGAUUUGAUAAGUUUCGAUCAAUUAGUCUGUGCUCAGUGGCGUAUAAGAUUUUUUCAAAAAUCCUGGUGAAGAGAAUGGCUAGCUUGCUUCCAAAAGUUAUAUCUCAUGAACAAGGAGCUUUUGUCACAGGGAGGAGCACUUUUGAUAACAUCACUUUAACACAAGAGAUGGUUUACUCAUUAAAUUGCAAGGUUCAUGGCGGGAAUGUAGUGGUUAAAGUGGAUAUGGCGAAGGCAUAUGAUAGAGUGGAUUGA